UCCACGACGAAAGUGUGCUCAUUAUCGUGCUUAAAUACAAUCGUUUUUUUGCCAACUGAAAAAUUACGUUUGAUAAAAAUAUUCGGGGACUUUGAUACUGGGAUUUUGAAAAUGGGCACAAACACACAGGAGCUUUUCGUGUCGACCAAAAACGCCGAAUACCUCGGCAAUCUCACCUGCAAUGACGUUUUCGUCCCGUCAGCAAUCGAGUACUUCAAAAGUUUGGGUCAGUUCGCCACAAUAUUCGUCAGUCUGGGAGCUAUUUUCAUGGCACUGACCUUGUUCCUCGCUGUGAGUGGAACGUACAAAAUAAUGGUGAUGAAAGAAACGAAAUCGGUGAAGAAACACAUAACUUUUAUUCUCUUCGUUUAUCCCAUCGCGAGCUUGUGCAGUCUCGUGGCCCUUGCAGUACCGAGGACUCAAGUUUUGUCCGAAGCAGUCACACAAAUAUAUCUGACGACAGCGCUUUAUCGACUCUAUCAAUUGUUGCUGGAAAUCGGACGUCGAGAGAUGAAUAAACCAGCGUCCCUGAAGCUGCGCGUUGGGCCAUGCUGCUGCUGGCCUUGUCUGCCCUUUCCGGACCUGGAAAUGAAUCCGACCAAUUUGUCGUGGCUCCAAGUGAUAGUUCUCCAGCUUCCCAUCGUUCAGACUCUCCUUUACUGCGCACUCGGUUUUGUCGCUGCAGAGGACGCGGCGCUGCCUUCGAGAUACGGAAUUUUUCUGCAGCCCCUAUCCAUAGCGAGCAUCCUUUUCGCUCUGUACGGCCUCGCGAUAACGACGGCGAGUCUCCACGAAGUCAAUCCAGGCAUUAAUAUCACCCACAAAGCUACCGUUCUUCAACUCGUUUUGUUCUUCACCAAACUUCAAGGCUUGAUCAUAAAAGCUCUCUCAGGAACUGGACUCUUUCCCUGCAAUCCACCAAUCACACCCCAGAUUUACUGCAACUUUACGUACAACGCGCUGAUGCUAAUCGAGAUGGUUUUCCUGUGCUAUGCCGCGAGACACGUCUACGUUUAUGCCCAAGAAGACACCGACCUCGAGGCCCCUGCACAAAAUCAAGGAAAUCGCUCAGCCCCCAACGAGAUUCGUUUGAGGAUAGAAACCCCUGACAAACCUCAGGGUGGCAGCAACCCUCCGAGGAACAACAACGAGGGUGAACUCAGGGCCACCGAUCCAGCCUCGGCGAGCCCAUGAAACUUCCCCAGGACGCUCCAGAGUCGCUGGACUACCACCUUAAGAGGAAGGCCACCCCCCCCCCCCCCCCCCCACCCUUAACGGAGGGGGUGGCCGGUCUCGAUCUUCUCGGAACAACGAUUCCUCGGGGCUCGUCGCCUUCCGAAUAUUGCAAUCAAAAAACAUUCGGGAAUUUUGAAAAUCCUGAGUACCCGCCAGCCUGCGUUUUUGCGCGCAUGCGCGACUUUUCGGAUAUUCAAAGCCCUCUAACUCGAGAACGGCUCGACCGAUUUUCCUGAGCUUUCGCACAGACCUCGAGCGUCCGAUGAUCUUGCACGAGGACAACUUUCAAUAUUUUCUUCCCAGAAUUAGUUUAAUCGCCGAGGGGAUUACUCGAACGUUCUUCAACAAAAUCGACACUCGCGUUCGACCCGCCCGAAAUCUGAGGCGUCCGCCGAGGCCCCGGGUCCCCCGCAAUAUCUGUAAUCUUCGAGCCCAAGCGUGCCGAACAUCCAUGGAAAGAGAUCUCGAGAGAUCUCUCAUCUGCCAAGAUGAAGAGGGUUCCGGAAGGGCCUUCCAGAGGUCGUCGCAAAAAAAACAACGAAAAAAAUACACUUUCCGUGCACGCAUUUCUUAUUCCGGGUUCGUGCACUCACGAAUACACACGCGUUCGUCCUCUGCGCGUACAUUUAUGACGAUGUAACUCCAUCAUACCGGUUCUUGGCUGUCCCUUUAAAAUAAAUAGGAAAAAAACUUUGUGUGCUACAAUAAUCGUGCAAGAGUACCAAGAGAUUCGUCCACGAGAUGCGAGGCGUGGGCUGAAUAUGUGAAGAGAUUGUGACCGAAUGAUUUUUCUUGAAAAACAAAGGAGUCAGAGAUCCGAAAAAUCCUCAGUUUUCGGCGCUCCCUCUGCGUCGGACGCGCGCAGUGAAACGAUGUGACAGCUCGUCUUAAGCGAGCCAAGACACAGAGUGUAAUUUUAGCUCACCCCUCCUCGGGGAUAUUUUUAUGAUCCGAAAGGGUCAAUUCGAAAAAGGAAUGAGAACAAAAGAAACAAUGUCGCCGAAACUUUGUUUUUCGAUCCUCCCCCUUCUUGCCGCAGAGUCUUAUGUACAUAAAUACUUUUUUAUUAUUUAUAAACCUUCGAAAUUAAUGGAAAUAAAUUUUAUCGAUUAAUCGUACGAAUGUGUAUUGGAGUAUUUGUUUUUAGGACGAUUUCAGGAGGAAUCAAAACCUUCGGAUUAUCAGCCAACGCAAAUAGUCUGUUUAUCGU